AUGUACAGAUCAAUCCCAGUACUCCGAUCAGCUCUCCCUUCCCUUCGACUCAAAGCAACUUCCUCAAUCGCAAAAACACUCAAGCCUCAAGCAGUGACAUUCCAAUAUAGAAGUUAUGCAGCUGCAGCAGGAUUAAGUAAAGAUGAUAUCUCUUCAAGAGUGUUGGACGUUUUGAAAAGUUUCGAAAAAGUUGAUUCUACAAAGCUCUCACCAUCCGCAUCAUUCACUUCCGAUCUCGGACUCGACUCCCUCGACGCCGUAGAAGUAGUCAUGGCCAUCGAAGAAGAGUUCGCUAUUGAAAUUCCUGAUGCUGAAGCUGAUGAAAUCACCACUGUCCAAAAAGCUAUUGAUUACGUCUCUCACCACAUUAAUCAACAAAGCGAUCAAUAA